GGGAGCCGAUAGCGAGGCGGUAUUUUACUCAGUAACAUCCCCGCCACCGUCGUGAACGCUGGUGCCGCUCCGCGCUCGCUUCUUAAAUCGCGUUCGAGGAGCCCUGUGCCCACGAUGGAAGCAGGGCUCCGUCUUGUUUUUUUUUCUUCUAUACAUGUGGCUUUAUUCAGCUUCAGCUCAUUUAGUGUAAUAGCUUGAGUGUAUCAUACAUUUUACUUGUAUUCGUUAAUGAUUUUGUUACCUUUUGUAAGCACAUUUGUUCUUGAAAAAUGGGAGACGUGAAGUGAAGAAAUGAAAUUGGCGAAUGUUAUAUUACCGAUUUUUUUGUGUUAGUGUUAAACGUGUAAAAUGCGAGACUUCCUAAGAAAAAAUCCUCUCAGGGAGAGUGCUAGAUCCUCAUUAGGAUGCCGACCUACACGGGGUGACCCUCAAGGUCCUGCAGGAGAAGGAAAAGAUGUCUCACAAAAUACCAAAACCACUGCUUCUGCAAGGAUGCGUGCAUUUCGAGGUAGUGUCAAGAAGAAGAUAGCAGAGCUGGAGGCCAACGUCACUUCUGCAGAUACAAGCCAGAAACGGGAAUCUAGUGUGCAAGAGAAGACCCCUGAUAUUUUGGUGGAAUCCCGUGAUGGCCAGCUUACUGUGACAGAACUUAUGCAGGAGAUCCCUAAUGGCGACACACACAAAGCACCAUUGAGUAAAAACAUUAAAGUGGAUGAAGAGAAUGGUAAAGAUAUUAGCAAGACUGAUCAGAAAGAGACUGAAGUUGGGACAGAAUCAGAAUCAGAGAGUGUUUAUGAGUCUCGUAAGCUAAUUAUGAGGCGAGUAAUAAGAAAUCAGGCGCAGGAGGCCAAGCCUGCUACACCACCCGACAGUGACCAUUCAGAAGUUGACUCCUGGACUGAACUAGAGGAGAACUUUGCAAAAGUAUAUGAACCCAUUCCAUACAGUAUGCGCAUGGAGACGUGGCAAAAAAUGACGAAGGAAGAGAUACUAGACAAUAUUACCAGUGAGAGAAUGAGAGCAGAACUACAGCAAAAGUCCAGAAGAGACAUAUUAGACGAGAUUAGUCACUUGCGAGAUCACCCAGUCCAUUUCUUGCAGAAGAAAAAAAACACAAAAGGAAAUGUUGGAAGUUCAAUCAAAAAUUGCAAACUGUCGGGAGAUGAAUCUGCACAGAAACACAUGAUAGUGGCUGAAGUGCAUUCCCCAGAGAUAAAAGGUUUCCAGAGUGACACUGAUAGUGAAUUUGGGGAGACAGAUUAUGUGACACGUUCAGAGUUGUACCGUAACAUACAGAAUCUUCAAGAUUCCCUUGCCAGACACCAUAAACAGGUAAUUGAGGAAGAUAGUCAGUCCUGGCGGUCAUUGCCCAGUCAAGCAGAUGAUCCAGUUUACAUUUCUCGGUCAGAAAUAUUAUCAAAAGUGGACCGAAGUAAUAGUUCACACAUGGAAUUACAUAAACCCGGAGAAAUAGAUAUACAUGCCAAGGCAAAGGACAGUAUUUAUGUGUCAAGGUCUGAAAUACUGACACGCCUCAAGGAGAUACAAGAGAGUGAGGAUGAACGUGGCCUGUCUCCCGCGAACACGAUAGACUCCAGCUGGGAUCUGUGUUCUUGUGUUUCUUGUGAGCAGUGUGGUGCAGGCAAUGCCUCAGCCUCUGAGGGUGAAUGUCAGUGCCACUCCAAGGAAGCUACAGGCAAGAAACUUGAAGAACAAGAUGUAUCCCAUAGACUGCCUUCUCCAGGUGAUUGCUCUCUUCUCUCCCAUGACUCUUGGUCAAAUGGAGAGUUUGAGAAAAUAUAUGAACCCAUUAGUGGGCCAAAGUCUGUAAUGCAUCAUCGUGAUUUCCUAGUUAAUCGAACUCUAGAAGAACAAGAAAAGCGACUAAGGAAAUUGAAAUUUGUUGAUGAAAAUUGUACAUCUGGUGGCCGCUAUCUACCAGUGGACCAGUGGAGUUUGAGUGAAAGUGAGGAUGUGUACGAGUCACUGGCUCGGGUGGCAAGAGCCUCCAUCAGGCGAAGCAACACCUUUAGCAACAAGAAGUCAAGGAAACGUCAAGGAGGAGGAGAGGUGGAUUUACAGCAACGUGUUAGAGAACUUCUUAAUGGACAAAAGGAUAUCAACACCACAACAAGGAAUAAAGUAGUGAAGGUGAUUACAGAUCACAUUGAGCACCAUCUUGAUCUUGACAAUUUUGAGGAUGAAGAAGAGAGGAAUCAAGAAAUACGAGAACGCCUGAAGGAAGCUCUUGCUCAGGACUGGGAGACUCUAAGUAAUAUCAAUCUUGGCCAUAUAUAUGUACCUAUGGAAGACAACUCCAAAAACUCCAAAUUGUCAAGUAAAGAGAAUGCAGAUUAUGAUACUUUUGGUAGCAUUGAUUCUUUGAUUUUUGAGCCAAAGAUACCUGUUACAGUAGAGGCACCCAGUGAUUGUGUAAUAACAAAUGAGAUAACUAUAUCAGCAAGUACUGACUGUCUCUUGGAUAAUGCUCUAGGGCAGGCCGCCAGUGGGAGUGACCCUGUUUUGAGUGCCCUGAACCUCUUAAACUAUGAUAUGAGGGAUAAGGAAAAUAAUCAAGAAUCUGAGCAGACCUAUGAAGAGUCCGAAGAGGAAACCCCAGUACCAACCCCUACGCCAUCUACUCCAAGAGCUGAAAGUGAACAAGAUCUACCAGUCUAUGACUUAGAGGAUGAACACCACAAUGUGCAGCCAGAGAUCAAUGAAAUUCAGCAACUGUGCAAGGCUGAGACUUCUAGCUUAACCCAACACCCAUGGCCGUGGGUUGCAGCAGGGCAAAAUGCAAGACAACACACACAAGGAAAGCUUCAAUCUAAAGAAGAGAACCAAAAACUGCCUUUUAAACAGAAAUUCUUCAAAGGUCUUAAAGAGUUGGGGUUUAUAAAAGCUACAUCAAAAGAAAAUCUUAAGACAUCAACCGUUUAUGAUAAUACUGAUUUAGGAAAAGAAGAAAAACUUAAUGAUGGGGUUACAGUCACCGGCAACUCUCUCCAAAUGGCACAGAUGUCAAAGCUUCAGAUUGAAUUGGAAUCAAAACAACAGAAGGAUAUGAGUGGAUAUGAAUCAUUCAAAGUAAAUUUCCAACGACUUUCAGGCAAGAGACUCCCAAGUGAAGAGGAAUCGACGUAUGACUACCAUCCAGACCACAAUGAGCAUCUAUAUCACGGAGAUGGGACCACUACCACAAGCCAUGAUACAGCUGAUUCUGAGACUGAGAGCAUAACUAGUCUUGAGAGUGUUAUUUUCAAGGGCAACAUUGUUGAGGAGACAGAUGCAGAUAUGGAAGAAAAAAAGAGGAAGCGAAACCCAUUCAAACACAAGUUUGUUGUUAAUCAUGGCAAUGAGUCUGAUACAAGUGAACUUAUUGAAAAUAAGUCCUUAAGUUUUAGUACACAACCAUAUCUGGAUUCUGAUACGUCCUGGGACUACAUGGAAGCCAUGGAUGAAGAAAAGCUAGCCAUGCAACAAUACACAGGUGAGGGGCAGUCUGAGAGAAAUUCUAUCACUCCUGGGCCUCGUGUGUUUGGUAACCUACGCCGCAGACAUGUAUACCAGAGUGUGGAGAAUAUUGAGAGAUCAGUUCCAUCACAGUUGCCAGAAGGGGAAAAUUCUAAACUUCAGUGCCUAGACAGUGAGUGUGUUCCGACAGUUGAAGGCAUAGGUGACUGUUCUCCCUCUCCCUCAUCAGCCGCAGUUUGUCAGGGGCUGAACCUUUCUCAGUUAGAUUCGUCGCCCUCGACUGAUGAGGAGAGUGAUGGUCGACGGCUUUUUCGUGCCUACCAGCGUCGUCAGUUUCGAACACCAAGUGACCCAUCAAGGCGGGAUGCCGGUGGUAGCACCAGCACAGCUUCCCAUGAAUAUGAAGAAACAGGUGAAGCGGUGUACCAAAUUUGUGGAGGUAGCUUUAGUGGCUCAUCACAGGGCCAUGGAACUCCGCCAGUUGUUCUUCUCAAACACCAUGUGUAUCAGAGUAUUGAAUCCCUGGCGUCCAGGUCUGGUCUCUCCACUGCUGCCUCUAUCAAGACACCUCUCACAGAUGACGCCCUAGAAGAACUUCAGUUCUAUGGCUCUCGACAUGGAGAGCCUAUAUACGGCGCCAGAAAUUCACGUCUCUUUCAUUCCAUGAAUGGUGCAUUUGUAGCCAGGGAUAACACAGAUGGUUCAAGGGAUCCACCUGUGGUGAUAAGGAAAGGUAAGGUUGUGGAACUGACGGAGGAGAUGUUCAAAGGAACAUUAGAGAAAAUGCUUCAUUCAUCAGUAAAUGAAAAAACAGAAGCCGAUCUAUCAUUUCACUCCACAUUAAUUCCAUCAGCUUUACAGGGAGAUGAUUGUCUGUACUUUGAAAAUACAGUAUCAUCUACAGAGUCUCGGGAAGUACACACUUACGAGAACGACAGUGAAAUCUAUGGCACUCAUAAGGAGAUACGAGAGGAGCUCCUUCAGGUAUCCAAUGAUGCAGUUGGGGAUGUAAAAAAUGAAUUAGUGCCACCACACGAUGCCGUGAUGCUGCUAGAAAAUAAGGAAGGUCAGGAAGCUGCGGGAGGUAUUACACAUGAGUCAACUGAAAAGAUUAAGAAGGUUCAGAAAUUAGGAGUCUCCAUCCUAGGGAAUAAUAAUGACCUCAUGAUUCGGGAACUGAAACUUAAAUUAAGACGCAGAUUUAAUACUGGAGAUGAUGAUGAAGAGGAAGUUGAUGGAAAGUCUCCCACCCUCAUGAAGAGCCCACUGAAGGCUACUGUUUCUGUUGACACAACUAGUUCUGUUGCCUUCAAGCGGGAACAAUUAGCGCCACAUAUGAAUAAAAUCUUUGGGUCGUUACACGAAAAAAGGCGUCAGACCAUGGAAAAUGGGGUUAGUAGAAAUGAUGUAAUGCAAAGUGAAACGUGCAAGAUAAUUGCUGAAUCCCCAGAGAGUAGAAACGAGAGCAAAGAAGAGAAACAGGAAAAAAAUGAAAAGGAAAAAUGUAAGGAAAGGGAAGUAAUACGGGUGGGAGGGAAUGAUGGGGUAAUAGAACAAGUGUAUGUACCAACACCAGAUUAUACACCGGCGUCUACUUUGCCGCGUGACUACCGUGAAGACAACUACUUGUCAGGCUUCACAGAUGAAGAAGAUUUCAGUUUUGACCUGGCUGACCUUGCUAAGUUCGUCCAUGAACAUAUUACCAAGAAUAAAACUCUGUACAGCGAUCCCGGUAAUGACCUCCUCCCAGAUGGUUCCCGCAUAGAAGACACGGCGGCUGUCGACGAGGAGGGCGACAGCGGCUCUCCGAAACGGUCUGUGCGCUUCGACAUGAGUAAGAACUUGGCUGAUCUAACAGCUACAUGGUCCGAUCUCGAGAGUGUCAUAUUCGCCGACGAAAAUAGUGCCCUGAUGGAGACCACCGAGAAUGGGAAGCAAGAGAAUGCUAGUCUUUUGUCUGCAGGAAAGCUGCCGUUAUCCCGUAUGGAAUCCUAUAAAGACGACUGGCUGCUCUGGGAACAACUUGCUAAGAUGAGACGCAGUAAGGUACCUGAAGACAGGGAGAGAUGGGAAGUGGAGAAGACUAAGCGCAUGUUGCUGUGGAUCCAUCUCUCCAACAACAACUACACACAGUGGUGCUAUAGAAGUCAAUGGUGGAAGGCCAAACAGCGGGCGUCGGUGGCAUGGAUUGUGCAGAAAGCUCAUAAAAACAAGGUCCCUUCAGAUCUACAGGACCCAUACUACCGGGACUAUGAGGGUGCAGAACACCUUAAACCAGGCAUUGUGCACCGUUUGGCCAAUGCAGAUCUCUAUUGCUCUGCAUUGGCUAACAUCUAUGGAGAUCCAAACUUCCACAACUUGAGUCAUUGGAAUAUUAUCCAAGCACUAGCUAGAAAAGGGGUAUAUGUAGCUGAACCGACUGAUGUUGCUCUUACUGAAACUGUCCUUAUUCAGGUCUCACCCAUCAAAAUGUCUGCACAUUUAGCUGUGAUAGAAGCCAUGAUGGCCCUGUAUAUUCGAGAAGUGGUGGUGGCAGAACGGGCAGUGUCAGUGUUACAGCGUGUAGGUGGAGGAGAGCAACCAGAGCGCACACCCCAAGACCAGGAAGAAGCUCUGGUCCUGUGGAUCAAUCAUAUAGCCCAAGCUCUACAGGAGCGUGUUCAUCAACAGGUUCAGAGUCAGGACCAGGAGCUGCCAGUAUUUCCACGCAUCCAAGACCUGAGUGACCUGAGUGAUGGGAUUGGAUUGGCUGCUCUGUUAGCCUUCUACUGCCCUCAGGAACUCCCAUGGGGGGAGAUAGCUGUGGCUGAUCCACCCUCUAUUGCUGACUCACUGUACAAUAUAGGCCUGGUAAUUCGAUUCUGCCAAGAAAGCCUUCCAUAUAACCCUUGUCUCCUAACCAAAGAAGAUAUUGUAUAUAUGCACAGCUCUGUGAAACAAAAUGUGUUGGCCUUUGUAGCAGAGCUGUUUUUCCUGCUUGAGUUGGAGCCUGUUUCUUGUGUGUCAUUGCCAGGCACCAGAAAGACUUCAUCCAAAUUUAUACAACUCUCAUCACCAGGUGGUGGUGGAUGCAGCGGUUGGAGUGGGUACCAGCGAAGUAUGAAGGUCAUCCCUGACCUUCGUGCAAGUCUUUCUCCCUCUUCUGCCCACUCCACCGCCUCGUCCUCAUACUCCUCAGCCCGGUCUUCCUCUCACUCACAGCAACGAUCUCCCUAUUCCACACUCAGAGGUCGGGGAGGAGUCAAAUCCCCAUCCUCAGGGGAAAGCGGAUCGGGAUCGGGAUCGGGAACAGGGACCGGGGUGAGAAGACAACAGUCCCUGACAGAACGCGACCGACCACGCAAGGAGAGAAUCUCCAUCCAUGAGGCCCAGACCUGCCAGCCCACCAGGGAAGAGUUAGUUCCUGCUGGGAGGUCAACCCGUGGCAUGGGAUACCCUCAGGGCCUCAGCUACAACCUCCCUGUUAGAGAUGCCACGCACUACCAUCACCCUCCCAGCCAUGGCCAUACUCAUGAACGUGUAAGGGCGCGGGCCAGUCACCCAGCCCAGCCCAAGGCCUAUGCCAUGAAGCCUGCUGGGGCACCAAGUGUAAGGAGAUCACAUUCCAUGAACCUCAAUGACAUGGCUGACAUGAGAUCAAGAAUGGAGCUACGAAGUGAGAGGUCUGAGCAUGCACCAUCUUCAUACAAUAGUGAUUAUGGGGGCAGGGAUAGUUCUAUGAGUGAUGGACAAGAAGGAGACUUUGUUGUGCAGCGUUCCCGUGGAUUAGCUACACUCAGUGACAUGAUGCGAACUCAGCAGUCACCUCGGGCUUCACAGGAUUUUGAACCACACUACUCAUCAAGAUGUGCUGCCAAAGAAAGAUACAACAUGGACAGUAAGGAGGAAGAAUUGGGAGAGAGGAGUAGAGGCCUUGUUCGUCGUGGGAGUUUCACAAACUCUCAACCUGACCUACCAGCAGCAGGCAUGCCUUCCAGAUAUGAGGAAAGACCACAUGGCCGAUCAAGAUCACGGCGUAAUUCAGUUUCUGCUGAGGACUCACAGUUAACUAUAGAAAACUUUGGUGGAAGCCAAGAUAAUUUAAAUUACAUUUCCAGAAAUCCUGAUAAAGAACCAUUUGUGCAUACAGGGAGAAGAGAGAACACUACAUGGGAAGGGUCACAAGCCAGGGAAUCUCGGGAAGGAAGUGCAAGGCCAGAAUCUCGUGGCAGUCGAGAACGAAGUGUUGAGAGGCGAAGAGAAUUUGAUCGUAGUAGCAUUGAUGAACUUGAUAAUCGUUUAAUUGACAAGCUAGAAAGAGAAGCAUUAGAGCGAGAAAAGCAUGAUUCUUCACAAUAUACAAGUAAAGAAAAAUUAAUGGCACGCGAUCCAAGGAAAAGUGCAGUAGAAGCUAUGGACUCUGGCAGUGAAAGUGACCUUUCCUUUGAUAGAGAAAAAAUGUCUAAGGCUACUAGCUUUGCAGAGCUUUCCAAGUUAAAAGAACAGCUUCCAGGUGGUAUUAAUAUUAUAUACAUGCAGUCUGAUAAAGAAGAUACAACCAAGCGAAGUAACAAAGGACCAGAAAAGAAAACUACUUUUGCAGCUCUCCCUAAUCAGACAACUUGGAAACAGCAGAGUGCACAGAGUCAUGCUGAUGAUAACAAGUCUGUUGGUGAUGAAAAUAUGGAACCUCAGAUAAUGGCUUCUGAGCUGCACAAUGUUAGAUUGAAAUUAGAAGAGAAGAGAAGAAGAAUAGAAUCUGAAAAAAGGAAAAUGGAACAAGCAAUGAACAAACAGAGACAAAAGCUUGGCAAAGAAGCUUUCAUGCAGGCUGUUGUGAAGGGGGGUAAGGGGUCUUCCACUGGAUCCUCAACCCCCACAACAUCCGAGCCUGAGGCUUUAGACGUCAUGGUAGAUUCAGUGGAACAAUCUUUGCCAAAACCUUCUCUUACCAGCACAGCUACUCGGCCUAAUACAGACUUAUCGCUAAAGGAUAUAGGUUCAGACGUAAACAAUUUAUCACGCCGAUGGUUAGAAGGAGAAGGCCAGGCAGAUGAAUUACGCACACCAGACAUCGAUAAUAUGGACUACGAUGAGUACCAUAAAUCUCUCACACAUGGGGAGAGUGAUUUGGAGGGCUCUCGACGCUCUUCCAUGGACCACCCAUCUGCUGUACAGUUGCGGAGGCUGUCCACCUUACCCAGAGAUCCUCGAGACUCCAGAGUUGACCUGCGACGGAUGAGCCUUUACUUGGAGCCUGGUACCUGGCGGCUGCCCAGUGACCGAGCUGCACUACCUCCAACACACCCUCGUCGUUUCUCCAUGGGCCCAGACUCUUAUACACAACCUUACAGGAUGACAGACUCCCUCACUGAGAUCCAGGGCGACAUCCAGCGACUGGCAAACCAGCAGCAGCAGAUCCAGAGCAUGAUGCACAAUGGCAUGACUCCCCAAACUAAUCAAGGGAUGCAACAACCUCCUCCUCAUGGCCAAUUUUAUCUUCAUGAUCAACAGGGCAGUCCAGUUCGGCGCAUGUGGGGCCAGCAAUCCAGUAGUGAUGGCUAUUCAUCGAUGUCCCCAGCCACCAGACGUGCACAGUGGGGCCCAGUCAGACCAAUGAUGCCACAGGGUGACUACAUGAUGUCUGGCCAGCACCCUGGUUACUACCAAGGCUAUCAGAUGAACCAUCCUGCGCAGAUGCCACCACUUAGUCAAGUUAACACCCAGCAACAGAUAGGUGGAACAGGCCCAGGUUUCAUGCUCCAUGGUCAAACCCAGUCCCAUUCUCUUCCACCCCAGGCUAUGUAUCAAAAUGGCCAGGGUUAUUAUAGCCCAGAGCACCAGUACAGAGGCUAUCCUCCUAGCGCACAAACCUAUGCCUCAGGAGAUCAGAGACAAAUGGGCCAGACACCACCCUUUAGAUUGCAUGGUGAAGGUAUUGGAGGAGAAAUGCGAGGCCCAGGUUCUGAUGGCCGAGGUCCAGGCAGUCUCCGAUCUAGUGCCCAAUCCUCACCAAGCAGACAACCUCUACAACGACAGCAGAAAUCUCCUAGUCCAACCAGACAGACAUCAGUGUCUCAUGCCCCAGUUGCUGCUCCCCCACCAGAUGACAUGGAACCUCAAAACGUUUCAUUUAUUGAAUCUGAAGACCACCCACAAGAGGAUCCUAUUGAAAGAUUUAAGAGAUUAUCUAUAACAUCAGGUAGUAAGACUUAUCGCAUCAGCCAUGAACCAGGAUCACCAACAAGGCCAAGUUUAGGAGUCAAGACUUUUCGAGUCCCAACAAAGAAAGGCACCCCUGUAUAUGACGAUGUUGACCUACCCCAACCCACCCCACCGCAACGUUCCAUUACACCACCCUAUCAAGACACCUAUAGGCAUGGAGAGGAGGAGGAGGAACUUUAUUCUAUCAAAACAGAACCACUAGAUGAACCUAAACCAGAGAAAGGAUUCUAUAUAUCCUUUGAUAGUGACAGUGCCCCAAGAAAACCUAAGCCGCAGUUAAGAACAAAGAAGAUGUCCCGAAAAAAUUCCAGUCCUUCAACGCCAGCUUCUACCCCCAGCAGAGAAGAGCUUCCAGUUGUUCCAGACCGACCAAGUCGGACCUCCAAUGGUUCGUUUGGCAGCAUGAGCCAAAGCCCAAGCAUGGCCCCAAAGUCCCCCUCCCCAAGUAGCUAUCCAGCAACAUCGACGAUUGGCAGCCUUUCACCCCAAACCAAUGGUCUCUUCCAUAAUUCACCUUUGGGGACUGAGCAGGAGAACCUGCAUGAGUCCCAUACUCAGCUACCUCUUGAAGAUAUGAACACUUAUGGCAGUAAAAAACAACUCAAAGAAUCCACUGCUGGCAUGGCAUUAGUUAUUGAAGAUGACAUAGCUAAUAAUGAAAGUUCAUCUGUGUCUGAGAUGGAGAAGAAGAAGGAACGGCUGAUGAUGCUGUCAAUGAAGCGCAAACAGGAGCAAGAGGAGGCCAGACGAAGGAAAGAAAUGGAAGCACAAGAAAGAAAGGAUGCAGAGAAGUUGAAAGAAGAAGAAAAACAGCGGAAGAAAGAGGAAGAGAAAGCCCGACGAGAAGUAAUACUUGAGAGAUACAAGAUUAAAAAGGCCAUGGAGGAGGCAGAGAAAGAGGGUCGCUAUUAUGAACCCCCUCCUGGCUUCAACUUAGACCCACCAAGUUCAGCUCCAGGGAAACAGUCUGUGCGUAUGAGAAAUAAGCCAGCAGGGAGCAAACCCCGACCCAAGACAAUGGCUCAUGCGCCCUCUGCUUCAGACAGUGCAGACAGAGUUCUCUCACCUAGCCAGGGAAAGAGAGGAAGCACCCAUAACAUAGCUGGGGAAGUUGGGAGGAGAGGCGAGAGCAGCGGCCAUGGCAGCAUGAGAAAGAGCAGCGGGCGUUGGGGGUCGUCACACUCCCUCUCACGUGCAGCUGGGUCUCGUGGCUCUUCCAACAGUUUAGCUGGAGACUAUCCCAGCACGACCCGCACUCUGGAACGAGGCCACACAGGCAGACGUCCCACCUCAGUUAUUGGUUACUCCUCAAUCGCCCGUGGGGGAGAAUCCAGGAAAGAUUCACUUUAUGGGUCACAAGGAAAUGGCCUUAAUUACCAUGAAGGAUACCAUGUACACGAGGCACGUCGACCAAGCCUGGCUCUGGAAGGUUCUAGAAUGAGGCGUGGCUCAGCCUCUAGCAGCUAUGGGGGACCCUCUUCGGGAUACAGAAAAUAUCGAUCCACAGGCAAUCUGAGUGGCCAGAGUGAGCAUGAUAGCUUGGUUUAUCACAUGAGUGAAGACAGUGGUCUUGGCCGUGCAACUCCACCGCGGCGCGCCCCCUCUCCAGGAAUGGCACGACAUUUACCAUCCCCUUCAGGCCCAGGAUCCUUACCUCCAGGCCUUUUCUCCAAGAGGAAGCAGGCUGGAUUUGAUGAUGCUGCUAGUGAUAUAUCAUCGACUGCAAGUUCGACAGCAGACUACCUGGGUCCAAGGUUAUUUAAGCAGCCAACUGCAAAAUCCAACAGAACAAUCAUACUCAAUGCUGUUGAGUACUGUGUUUUCCCGGGUGCAGUCAAUCAAACGGCCAAACACCGUGUCUUGGAGGAAAUAGCACGAUCUGAGUCCAAACACUUCCUUGUCUUAUUUAGAGAUGCUGGUUGCCAGUUCCGAGCCAUUUAUUCCUUUAAUCCUGAAACUGAAGAAGUCUACAAGCUGUAUGGAACAGGCCCAAAGCAAGUUACUGAUAGAAUGUUUGACAAGUUCUUCAAAUACAACUCAGGUGGAAAAUGUUUUUCUCAAAUCCACACAAAGCACUUAACAGUUACUAUUGAUGCGUUUACUAUUCACAAUUCUCUGUGGCAGGGCAAGAGGGUCAACUUGCCAUCCAAAAAGGACAUGACACUUGUAAUCUAAGUUUCUUAAUAAACCAGCUUGUCAUAUAGAAAGACCUACAAACAAUAUAUUUUGGUACUCAUACAUGUGCUGUGAGAAUACUUAUGUGUGUGUGUACUGUUUCGAAGAUAAAUAUGUCAGUGCUUUUAUAGUUAUGUAAUUCAGAGGUUCAGAUGAUGGUUCUUGCAUUGCCUCUUUUUAUGAUUGUCUGAUUAAAGUUAUUGCUGUUAUUAUUAUUAUUAUUAUUAUUAUUAUUAUUAUUAUUAUUAUUAUUAUUAAUAUUAUUAUUAAUUUCAUUUUCAUUAUUAUUAUUAUUAAUAUUAUUGCUAUUCCUA